GCCAUGCGGUCCUGCCUGCUGAUUGCCCUGGCCCUGCUGGGCACAGUUCCCGUCAGCCGCUCCGCUCUUGCCAGCCCUGCGGUGGAGGAUGAGGAGGACGUGACGGAGCUGGAGAUGCCUGAGGAGUUCAGCGGAUGCCGGGGGGGCAGCGACAAGCAGGCACCUGGUGUCCCCAGCAUGCCUGGCACUGCCACCUGCCGCUACGUCAUCAUCCGCCGCUGCCGGAGCUUCCGCCAGGCCCAGCGCAUCUGUGCCCGGCGCUUCUGCGGGCGCUUGGCCUCGAUCCACGAUUCCCGCACCAACACCUUCCUGCUGCUCCUGGCGCGCCGGCACACUAAUUCCGGCCUGGUCUGGAUCGGUGCCGUCAGCCAGCCCGCUGUCCCAUCCCCAAACUGCCACUGGACUGACCGGAGCCCCUGGAACUACAGCCGCUGGGUGCCGGGACACCCCCUGCCCGGCCGCCGCUUCUGCACCGCCCUCUGCACCAACAACGGGCUCUGGAGGAGCGUGCGCUGCAAGAGGCAGCUGCCCUUCAUCUGCGAGAUAUGAGGGGCUCAGCCCCCCUGGGUCCUCCCC